AUGCAACCACUAGAUCAUACCCUCUCACUCACAGGCUUUGCAAUUUUAAUUGUAUUAUUGGUGAUUGUGUGGAUUUUGGUGAGAAAAAGGGUUCGGAAUUAUUGCAAUAAUCAUCCAAGUAGAAAGGAAUUUAAAGUUUAUUUGCCAUUUUGUAGUGAUGAAUUGGCAUUAAUUAUUUCAUUUCUUGAAAAAUCAGACAUCGGAAAUCUUUCUCUUGUUUGUAGAGAGGCUAAACAAGCUACUUAUUCAAGUACAGUUUGGAAUGAGUUAUGUGGAACUGUUUCUCUUCGGAGAGUUGAAGGAUUGUUGAAUUUGGAGAGAUAUGAAGGGAAAAUUAAAAAUUUGAAAUUAAUUACUGAUCAAGAUGAGUAUUUUGAUGAUGAUUUUAUUUGUAGGAUAUUCGAAAGAUUGAAUGAAAGGUUUCAAAUAAGAAAGAUGACUAUCGAAGUUUCUACAUUGGAAUUAUUCAAGUUUAAUUUAUUGAAUCAUUUGGAUUGCUUAGAAUGUUUGGAACAUUUGAAAAUAUUGGAUAAUUCUACAAUUUCUAUUUUGUUUAAUAAUUCUUUGAUGCCAAUUAGAUUACCCAAGAAAUUGGAAUCUAUCAAAGUAAGAGGAUUUAGUAGAGUUGCAAAUAGAAGUUAUGUGUUUGACACUAUUUUUAUACAAACAGAAAAUAUCAAAAUUGUAAAAUUUGAGAACAAUCAAGGUUUUAAUGAAAUCAAGUUUCAAUCACCAAAGGUUGAUUUGAAACACUUGACCUCUAUUUCACUCUCUUGGACAAGCAAUAUUUCAACUGAGUAUUUCAAUAAUUUAAUGGGGAAGUGUAAAAAUCUCAAAAAAUUGGAUCUAUCAGGAUCUACUUUUGUGGCAAAUAAUUUGAAUAUCCCAACCACUAUUGAAGUAUUGGACAUUUCCUCCUGCUUGUUUGAUGACACAACUCUAACAAUGAUAGCGUGCCUACCAUAUUUGAAAUUUGUUAACCUUUCAUCAACACUCAUACCUUUAGAUAUCUUGAUACUUUAUUGCCAAGUUGGACGAUGUGUUAUUUGUCAAAUUGGAAGUAAGGAAGAGUUGCAAAUUCUAAAAUCCAACAAACAUAUUCGUUUAUCACGCAUUUCUCCUCUAGAUUUUGAUUCCAAAAUCAAAGAAAUUAAGAAGUCCACCUCAGUAGAAUCCAACAUUUGUAAAAUGUACUAUCAACAAGUAUUUACCGAUCCUAUUGAGCCUCCAAAGCUAACUCUAAAACCAACAAAACUCUACAAGGCAAAACUAGUCAAAUUUUCAGCCUCCAAAGACAUUGAAAUUGAUAAUGGAAAUUAA